AUGGCUUUGUGCCAAUCGCUGGUGCUUGUAGUGGAACUAAAAAUCAUAUUAAUUCACCUACUGCGGAUUACCGUCGUCCUCCAUGAAUCCGAGUUGGAAGAUUGGAGCGUCAACCCACAAGACACGCCUGUCUUCCUCCCCCACCUCGUUCCUCAUCUCUUUGCACUUCGCCGAACCCGUCGCUCCUCCCGACACCAACAACACCAUUCGUCAGCGUCUCGCCUGAACAUGUCGGACAUGCCUGCGCAGGAUGGACAGGACUCUAGGAGCGCGAUGUCGGGAAGUGAGGAUUCACCGGACACGACGUCCAUCUCGAGCCGGCGUCCGUUGGAACCCGAGUCUACACCUGACUCCGCUUCGGAUGAGACGCCCUCAUCAUCCCAACCUGAAGCGCACUUCACGCGUGUGCAACUCGCACAAAUCCGAGAAGAGAUCGCUCGGGCACGUAAAGAUAUCGUUACGGAGGUGAGAGAGAUGCUGUUUAGAGAGAAGGGGGGGUUGGCGGAGGCAAUCGCCUCUCGGAUACAAGCAGAGCUGAACCCGCUCUUUUCGACUGUCACUGUCUCAAAUCGCUGGAUCCAGCUCCAGCUCUCAGUACCACCGGCACAGCCCGCUCGCAGCGCACAUCGUCUAAGUCCAACCUUCUAUUGCCUUCACUACCGUCUGCCUUACCGCUAA